CUAAUUCUGUCGGGGAUAUCUAUCUUGGCACGUCCCUCUCUUCAUACUUUUGGUGCGUGAGCUGGUUACAAUUGUCCGUGAUGGAGCGCUCGGGCAGAGUGGCUCUGGUGACCGGAGCCUCGGUUGGGAUCGGGGCGGCUGUAGCCGUGGAGCUGGUCCGGCUCGGUAUGAAAGUGGUGGGCUGCGACAGGGACGUGGGGAAAUUACAGAAACUGGCAGCAGAGUGUCAGAGCGCCGGCCACCCUGGUGUUUUGGUUCCUUUCAAGUGUGACUUGACCAAAGAGGAGGAGAUUCUGUCCAUGUUUGCAGCGAUCAAAGAGCAGCACAAAGGUGUGGACGUGUGCAUCAACAACGCCGGCUUGGCUCACCCAGAGCCGCUGCUAAGUGGCAAAACCAGCAGCUGGAAGAACAUGAUGGAUGUGAACGUUUUUGGAUUGAGUAUCUGCGCGCAUGAAGCAUAUCAGUCAAUGAAAGAGAGACAUGUUGACGAUGGGCACAUCAUAAACAUAAACAGUGUGGGUGGAUAUCAUGUCUAUCCCGUUCCCGAUUUACAUUUCUACAUGGCGACCAAGUUCGCUGUAACCGCGCUGACUGAGGGCCUGAGGCAGGAGCUGCGUGCAGAAAACACCCAUAUCCGAGCCACAAGCCUCUCUCCUGGUUUAGUGGACACAGAAUUUGUAUCACGGCUCCACAGCAAUGAACCUGAAAAAGUAGCUGCUAUGUACAGUGAAUUUAAGCCUUUGGAACCAAAAGACAUUGCCAGUGCUGUCACAUACGUGCUCAGCGCCCCGCCUCAUGUUCAGGUUGGCGACAUUAACUUUGAAGCUGUGUAGCUGGUAACACAGUGCAGGCACACAAUCCAGCCUCCACAACAAAGUGGUGUGAAACUCCUGACUGCUCAACACUGCUCUCCAUUUAUCCUCUGCUAAGAAAAAAUAAAUAAAAACCACCAACCAUUACUGAGCACAUUCCUACGUGAUCCUAAAAUGAUAAAAAGCCAAGUCAAAGUUGAAUUUUUCAUCAAACAGAACUGUCAAAAUGACUGUGAGAAAAUUACCAAAAUAAAUUUUUCUAAUGCGAAUGAAGAAAGACUUGAGAAUGUUUUUGUUCAAUUCAGAUGCACACUGACCUAAACUGAAAUUGAACUCAACAGAAUUAACAAUAAACUGUUCUUAUUAACUAUG